AUCCGAAAUGAGAGAUAUUAAUGCCGCCACGGAUUUGAAGCGAAUGGCCUGAGAAUCUCAUCAGAGCUCAUCCAUGGCCGCCAACCCUCUUCCACCCCCAAUCAACCAUCCAAACCCUACUAAUAACCGCCUUUAUCUUCGUCGACAACAACGCACCCAUCCCAAAUUCCAAUCUCCCGCCCCCUCCUCCUCCUCCUCCUCUUCUUCUUCUACUACUACUACUGCAGAUGGUAAGCUCAUGAAGAUAAGUCCUCACGAAGGACGCAUGGACGUUGCAAAGCUGAAGGCUAAGGAAGCGAGCGAGAGAAAGGAAGAGGUCAAUCGGAAGAUUGCUUCUCAGAAAGCCAUUUCGGUGAUUUUGCGCCGAGAAGCCACGAAGGCCGUCAUUGAGAGGAAGAGAGGCCCCAAUAAUUCUAAGAAACUGCUUCCUCGGACUGUUCUUGAAGCUCUUCAUGAUCGAAUAACGACCUUGCGAUGGGAGUCUGCUCUCAAGGUUUUUGAACUACUACGUGAACAGUUGUGGUACAGACCUUAUGCUGGGAUGUACAUUAAGCUAAUUGUCAUGCUUGGAAAAUGUAAGCAACAGGAAAAGGCGUACGAGCUGUUCCAAGAGAUGAUUGAGGAAGGCUGUGAAGUUAGUCAUGAGUCAUAUACUGCUCUCUUGUCGGCCUAUAGUAGGAGUGGUCUUCUUGACGAGGCAUUUUCAAUCCUCAAUGAGAUGAAAAACAGUCCCGAUUGCCAGCCCGAUGUUCACACUUACUCUAUCCUUAUAAAGUCAUGUUUGCAGGUGUUUGCAUUCAACAAAGCACAAACUCUACUCUCUGACAUGGUGACUCGAGGAAUAAAACCGAACACUAUUACAUAUAAUACCUUCAUUGAUGCUUAUGGCAAAGCAAAAAUGUUCGCUGAAAUGGAGUCCAUCCUGGUGGACAUGUUGAAUGAUGAUGGUUGUAAGCCCGAUGUUUGGACCAUGAACUCGACACUUCGGGCCUUUGGCCGCAGUGGACAAUUAGAGACCAUGGAAAAGUGUUAUGAAAAGUUCCAGGAAGCUGGAAUCCAACCAAGUAUCCAGACCUUCAACAUCCUUCUGGAUUCAUAUGGCAAAGCUGAAAGUUACGAAAAAAUGAGUGCUGUGAUGGAGUAUAUGCAGAAGUAUCAUUACUCAUGGACAAUUGUAACCUACAACAUUGUUAUCGAUGCAUUCGGUAGGGCUGGGAAUUUGAAACAGAUGGAGCAUCUAUUUAGACUUAUGAGAUCAGAGAGGAUCAAACCGAGUUGUGUAACACUUUGUUCACUUGUGAGAGCAUACGGGCAAGCAGGAAAACGCGAAAAAAUUGACAGUGUACUGAACUUAGUUGAGAAUUCUGAUAUAAUGCUUGAUACUGUUUUUUACAACUGUCUUGUGGAUGCUUACGGGCGAUUAGAAUGUUUCGCGGAGAUGAAGAAGGUGCUUGGAAUGAUGGAGCAGAGAGGAUGCAAACCUGAUAAGACUACCUACAGGACUAUGGCUAGAGCUUACUCAGAUGGGGGAAUGGCUAACCAUGCUAAGGAGAUCCAAGAACUUAUUACCACAGCAGAACCAAGUAAGAGAACUCGACCUGAUUUGUGAUAUUAAUUUCUCAUUCGAUUUUAUGGUUUGCACCUUUUUGUUAUUUGUAGUUUCAAAUCUUAAUAUGAUGUAAUGAUAUUAAAAAGGAGGAAUAUUUCUGCUAUAUUGAAAAAAAAUCAGAACAGUACAGUUCUAGAUUGUAGGAGAAAGGAAACCAUAGGCUUUCCAUUCUUUUUAUACUUGUGAGUUUGUAGGUCGACUUACACACAUUUUAAUUAAUCUCCUAUAACAACCACCCAAUUUAAUUGUUUCAA